UUGAGGUUCGCAUCAAGGUAAUGAAGGAAACACUCGCAUUGUGUUCCUUCUCCUUUGAUGGAACCGGCUGUCUGGAGAUCUUUGGGUGCACACAAGUGUCACUCUUUUCCAUUUUGUGAUACAAUGUGUAGACUAACUUGCACACAUACAAUACACUGACAAAAACAGAAGCCGGAUUUCGAAUGGUCCAAAAAAAAAAUCUGGAGGAAUUGGGAACGAACCAAGAAAUCCAACGCCGCUUUGGCCGCAUCCCAAUAUUCAUCUUUCCUCGGCAAGGUUCCUAACGGAGUGAAGCGACCCGCAUGCAGAGUAAGCGGCUGCCUGCCUUCAUUGUUUGACUCCAUAAAACCAGGAAAAGCAGAGCGCACGCAGUCUUUUUUGAGUUUUCAGCUUUAUGUUGCUUAUUCUUUUUGGUCGGACAAAUUAAAUAACUUUGGAUAAUGUUUCCCCGUUUCAUUUUUUUGGUUGUUUCCUCGCUGAGUUUCCUGCGCUGCUUCCAUGUGUCCGGUUGUGAUGAAAGCUGUACAAAUAAACCAGUGUUCACUCCACCCAGUCUGGUGGUGAGGUUUGGUGACUCCACCUCAGCCAACUGCUCUGUGUGUGAAGACGCUUGUGUCAGAAACAAAUAUGAUGUGGAAAGCCCCGUGGGACAGAUAACAAAGAUCGGAUCCACGGUCGUAUGGACAGUCGAUGCACUGACUGAGUGGUCGCCAUCUUCCUUGUGCUACUACAGCAAUGAUGCUGGUCAACAGUGUUGUACCUACCUGCCUGUUACUGUCUACAAGCCUCCACACAAAGUGUCCGUCAGCGUUAACCACCGUGGGCCGAUGAUGGAGGGUCAUCAGUACACUCUGCAGUGUACAGUAGAGGACGUGGCUCCUGUUAAGAACCUCUUUGUGACCUUCUACAGAGGACAGACAGCACUGGGUCAACCACAGUCCAUCAACAGCACAGAGGAGAAACCAGUGACUCAGAACUUCCCGCUGGACAUCAACCCGGGUAGAGAAGACGAUGGAGCUGAGUUCUGGUGUGAAGCGAAGCUGGAACUGGGACCUGCAGGACCGAAGCUCCCUCCAGUGGAGACAUCACAAAAAAUCACUGCUACUGUGCACUACAAGCCUCACCUGGAGGCAUCAUCACCUACAGAGCCAAUCAAAGUCCAGGAAGGAGAACUUCUACGACUGAACUGCUCGGCUGUAGCGAACCCCCCCCCCCAGUACACCUGGACGCACGGGCCGAAGUCAAUUGAAGUCUCUGAAGACGUUCUCACUAUCAACUCCACCACUGUGUCGGAUGGGGGGAAGUACACCUGUUCAGUGGUCAACAAGAUGGGGAAUGUCACCAGGGAGUUUGACGUGGAGGUUCAGCGUGUGGAGGUCACCACCACCACCACCCCAUCUACCACCACCACAUCUACCCCGACCACCACCCCCCGAUCUACCCCGACCACCACCCCAUCUAUCCCCACCACCACCACCACCACCAUGAGGCCAACAAGCGCACCGAGCUGCAGCGGCGGCGGCCCGAUGCUUCGCAGGUUCUUCAUGUGUUUCAUGCUGUUAUUCACCGCUCUGGUUUGAAGACGUUUGUGUAGAAUAAAAAAUGUAACAUUUCUUCCCCUGAAGAGUAAAAAACUAAACGGAUAACAUGCUGUAUGUUGUAUUUGUGUCCCCACUGGGGACCUUAGUUUUAAGGGAGACCUGUCAAAAUAAUUCUUUAAAAUCCUUUUCCGCGAAAGCAUACAUGGAACAUACUUUAUAUAUUUUGCGGAUAGUCUAUAACAAACAGUCAUGCUUGUGAGUAUAAGUAUAAAAUGUCUCCCAAACCAAAGGGAUUUUCUAUGGAAAGAGGUGAAAAAGCUGAUCUGAUUGUGAUUAUCUUUCUCCACCUGUUCUCCAGUCUCUAUGCUAAGCUAUGCUAGCUGUCCCUAAAUAGGCUGCAGCACUUUAUGUCAACUACUGUCCAGAAGGUGGUGACCCGUGAGGGACUGUGUGGUUUAAUGUGGACGUCCAAGCUGAGCUCCAGCGUUGGUCAUGAAUGCCGAUAAGAUCAAUCAAUGACGAAAAAGCAAAUCUCUCCAAAGGAAACUCAAUAUUUGACUUUUUCUGAACCUUUUUUGCCUCACUGUAUGGAACGUUCACUCAGACAUAAACAUGCUCCGUCAUCAUCAGCAUCAUCGUCAGCAUCAUCAGCAUCGUCCUCUUUGUCAUCUUCAAAUCCACAUGAAAACGUUCACUUUGAGAUUACUGCUUACUUGUUAACGUUUGAGUAAACUGAUGUUCAAGGGAACGUUUCUACUGCUCUGACUGUUUUGAAUGUUCAAAAUAACCGACGCCUUUACAUGGAAUUCUGAUGUUUGACCACUCCAUGAUGGAAGUCCACUAUAAUCUAUGAAGUCAUGCUGUCUGUUUUUGAAUGAUCCUCCUGAAUUCAUUCAUUAUUAUUUGGAAAAUAAAAGCCAUGUGAAGAUGUA